AUGGUCAAAGUUGGUAUCAAUGGGUAAGAGCACUUUUUUUAUCCUCUAACCUUUUAGAAAUCACCUGUUCUCUGUGAUCUAUCACGCACUGAGCUCCAAACUUUUCCAGUGAAGCCAGUCUCUGCACUGCACAGCUACUUUAAAAACUUUAAAAAUGAGUGUUUAAAGUUGUUAAACAUGAAAGACAAAGUGUGCACAUCAUUUAAAACAAUUUGUGUAAAAAAAAAAGUGACUGAAGUUUGAGCAGUUUUAACCUUGCUAUCUGCCUAGCUGCACAUCUGCGGUCUCUAAUGCAGCUCCACUUUGCCACAGCUAAGAAGGAAAUGUGUUUUGCAAUGGAGGACGUGCACACAUACACACACCAGUGACGCAGGAGUUGUCUCCCAGCUGUCCCCAUGUUUUUCCUGAUCUUUGAACUUUGCCCCUCAGCAGAUAACAAUGUUGGCAGUGGCUCCAACAUGGGGGUCAUUCAGCAGAUUGUUUUUCUCUUCGAAGAGGACCUGCGUAACUGAAAUGUGUCUGGGCACACAAUUGUCCACCUCUCUUUCUCCUCUACUCGGUGUCUGAGGACAGAGUGUAUCUGAGUCAGGAUUUUGGACCCCUCCAGGUUAAAAAGUAACUCAGUAGCUGAUCAAACAGUGUCCUGCCGUCACAAGGAUUACCACAUUUGAGGUUAAUUUCGACUUUAACCCCAAAAGGGGAGUGUAGGAGUGACACAUCCCUCCCUCUGCCCCUCCUCCUGACCUUUGCCCUUUCCUGGGGGAGUGGUUCCAGGUCUCUUGGAGAAUUGUGUGCCAUAUUUAGAAAAAGACAAAGCCUGUAAUCCCAUUUUAUGACUGAUUUUCAGGCUGAUCAUUUUAUCCACUGACUGUGGUCAGACAAAGAUGGUAUCACUACGCCAUCUAGAGGCCAUACUGAGAAACAGCAUUGUCCCUUUUUCAGAUUCGGCCGUAUCGGUCGCCUGGUGACCCGUGCUGCUUUCGCCUCUAAGAAGGUGGAGAUCGUGGCCAUCAAUGAUCCUUUCAUCGACCUGGAGUACAUGGUGAGUUUGAGAUGGUGAAUUAAAAUGUGAAUUUAAGGAAAUCAGCACAUGCAACAAGAAUUGAUUAGAUUUACUUUGGUUGAAGAAGAAUCACAAUCUUAAUGAUAUUAUAUUCUACAUGUUAGAUUGGCAGAAUCAUCUUGAAUCACUUAUUUCAGAUCUGUUGUAAUCUACUUUUGUCAGCAGAUAUGUUUCACACUUCACAUUUCAUCUUUUUAGGUCUACAUGUUCAAGUAUGACUCCACUCAUGGCCGUUUCAAGGGUGAGGUCAAGGUUGAGGGUGACAAGCUGGUGAUUGAUGGACAAAAAAUCACCGUUUUCCAUGAGUAUGUUUACUUCACUUCAAUUACAAUUUCACAAUCUUCAAAAAGAACGAAUGAGCGUUGAGUUCAGCUCUAACUUUGAAUUCUCCAUCUUCUUUUAAAUUUCAGGAGGGACCCCGCCAACAUCAAAUGGGGCGAUGCUGGUGCCCAGUAUGUUGUUGAGUCCACUGGUGUGUUCACCACCAUCGAGAAGGCCUCUGUAUGUACUCCAUCCUAUGCCACAUUUUUUUAUACAUAUUUUUAAUCAAGUUUAAUUGCCUAAAAGAAGACAGAUUGAUCACAUUACCAAAACACAUUUUUAGGCUCACCUGAAGGGUGGUGCCAAGAGAGUGGUCAUCUCUGCACCCAGCGCUGAUGCUCCCAUGUUCGUCAUGGGUGUCAACCAUGAGAAGUAUGACAACUCACUCAAAGUCGUCAGGUAAGAAUCGAGGAAGCUGUUUGUCAUGAGCUGUUUGCAUAUUUAAUUUAAGAUUCAGGCUACUGUAAACAGAGAUUCCCACGUUGUCUCAGAUAAAGGUGCAACAGGGUGGUGACUAUUCUAACAGGGGGGGUAAAUGUAAACCAACCAAAUAAAGUCACCACACUGACUCCACACAUGCUCUGUUGGAUUCUCAUGCUGUCUGCUUAAAAGCUGUGGGAUCACUUAACCCAGAUAGGACUUUUAAACAAAAAAAUAAUAAUAAAAAGUGGUUGAGGGGUAAAAUUGAAAAAAUUGAUCUUUCCAGUCAGGUCAGGACAGGACCAGUUGUUGCAGUUUUACAAUUGAUAAUAUUUAGUUCUAAGUAUUUGUACUGGGAUUUUAAUUAGUUAUAUAAUUACCACACAAUGAAACAAAAUUUGUUGCUUCUUAAUUUUUUUCAAAUAUUCUGAGUAGUGCUUUUAUAUGAUCUUAUUCAGUUGAUUUUAUUCAGUCAUUAUAUAGCAUUUUGCUCCAUUUCAUCUAACUUUUGUUCAGAGACUGUUUUUGACUCAACUGCUGUUGUUAAAAAUUAAGUUUUGUCUUAACUCAGUUCCUUAAAGUCUGGUCUCCACUGGGACAUUUUCCAUGUAUUGAGCAAAAAUUGAUGUACUGUUGCUUGGAAGUCAAUCAAAGCCUGACUGCUGAUACAAUUUUAGCCGAAUAAAAAAAAUAAUAAAACUUUAGUGACAGAAGAUACAAGAUUCUUGGUGUAUUCACCUUUGGUCCCUCCUGUUUAACUCAAGAGGGCAAAAUCUUGCAUAACACUUGUAAAACUAUCUGUGGAUGAUUAUAACAUUUUGUCCCAUGGAAGCCAUCAUCACAUGUGAUCAAUUUCUGAUCCUGACAAAGUUUACAACCAGUGACUUUCUUUUUUCAGGGUUGUUAUUUUUGGCAAAAGUCCUACAAAUCUUAAUGGAAAAACUCAAAGACAUGACUUUUCUCAUUAUUUAGAAAUUAAAGCACUGUUCAGUUAACUGGAGCUUUUAUUUUGUCUCCCUAGCAACGCUUCCUGCACAACCAACUGCCUGGCUCCCCUGGCCAAGGUCAUCAAUGACAACUUCACCAUCAUUGAGGGGCUGAUGGUGAGGAUUAAAAUAAUUCUCUGGGAAACAAUUCGGCAAAGCGAUGUUAAGCAUGGCCCAUAACCAGAUUAACAGAACAGCCCAAAACACUAACAUGACAUUGCAGAUUUAGUUUGUGUUCAGCUUUAUUUAAUCAUCCCCUCUUUUUUUCAGAGCACUGUUCAUGCUAUCACAGCCACCCAGAAGACUGUUGAUGGUCCCUCAGGCAAACUGUGGAGGGACGGCCGUGGUGCCAGCCAGAACAUCAUCCCCGCCUCUACUGGUGCUGCCAAAGCUGUUGGCAAGGUCAUCCCUGAGCUUAAUGGGUAAGUGACAAAAACACUUUGCUUUAUUAUAGUUAAAGUUGAUGCCCUUACUUAACCUAAACGUGUCACUAUUUCACAGCAAACUGACCGGCAUGGCCUUCCGUGUACCCACCCCCAACGUCUCAGUGGUUGACCUGACAGUCCGUCUGGAGAAACCAGUGAGUGAACACAAACUAAAACUGUGGUAACACUUUAAAAUAACAAUAACUUAUAAAGGCUAAAUAGACAAUUUAUAAAUGGUAAGCAGAUAGUUUAUUUGUUUAAUCAUCAUUUAUUAAUAGCAUGUAGACCAUUAAUUAAUUAUAAACUUUACAAUUUUAAAAACCUAAACCUAACUUUACAAUAACUAUCUAAGUGAUGUUUAUAGAUGGUUUAAAAACCACUUAUUAAUCAUUUACAAAGUCCUUCUAACACACAUUUUAAUCUAAAUGUUUUACAACCAAUAAUUAAACCCUAUAUAAACCUUUUAAUAAACAGUCCAUUAAUAAUUAAUGAAAAUUAUUAAUCAUAAUUUCAUUGCUUGGUAAUGGUAAAGAAACUCUUAUCUUACAUUAAUAAACUAUGUAUUUACUAUUUAUAAAUUAUAUUUAUUGUUAAGUGUUACCAAAACUGUUUGAGAUCUGAUAUGAAUGAUAAUAUUGAACAUUUUCAUAUAUUUUUGAUGUCCAAAAAGACUAAACAAGAUGAGCUGUGAUCACUUUUGUUUGUUUUGUUGAAUUGAGUCACCCUCAACAUACAUGGUCGUUAUACAUACUAACAACACCAUCGCCUCUUUUGACACAUAUAUUCCUGCGUAAUACACAAACCAAGAAUAGCUCCACUCCUUUCAAACACACAUGCAUCAUAUCCAGAUUACAGUGUAUUCACCUUUGCUGCCUCUGUACUCCUCCUCUUUAAUAUAUUCAGAUCGACUGUUACAAGUGCUCUUGAUCAGUCAUGUCUCCAGGUUACUUAACCCGUUUUGUCCCACUCACACGUUCUUGAUCAAUUUUCAAAGAUUUUCACGUUCAGUCAGAAUCAAUUAGCUCAAUUUUUUUCACAAUCAGGUCAUCCAGAUACUGAGACUAAUUAUAGAUAGUUGACCUUUUUUUAGAUUCAUGUUUAAUAAUAAUGUGCGUCAUUUUGUCUCUUUUCGACAGGCCAAAUACGAUGACAUCAAGAAGGUUGUAAAGGCUGCAGCUGAUGGACCCAUGAAGGGUGUCCUGGCAUACACAGAGCACCAGGUAUGUGCGUUAUGUGUCCUCCAGUGUUUAAUCUAUGAAACUGUUUAUUGAAUGUUCUUGUUUAACCGUCCUCUUUUCCAUCCUGCAGGUCGUCUCCACAGACUUUAACGGUGAUACUCACUCCUCCAUCUUUGAUGCUGGUGCUGGCAUCGCUCUCAACGACCACUUUGUCAAGCUUGUUUCAUGGUAAACCUUCUGGAUGAGAGGCUGUGAUAUCCUUUUUUUUUUUUCCUUUCCACUGAAAUAAACUGUCUUAUUUUCGUUAUUUCCAAACCAGGUACGACAACGAGUUUGGCUACAGCACCCGUGUGUGCGACCUUAUGGCCCACAUGGCCGCCAAGGAGUAA